AUGGAUUCAAAAACUCGUCUAUCAGUGGACAGUAUAAAUCCUGGCUCAGGAUCUUCAGCCCUACGGCGCCUUACUCGAAGUCCCUGUCAUCGAAUAAGUCUGAGGCGAUUCAGUAUCGACUCAGCAUCCUCUUCUGCUUCAUCUGUUGUAUCAUACGACAGUGAAGCAUCAUCAAGUUGCGUGACCCGCGAUACCUCGAGUGACGACUGUGCUCUUCAUCGAUUCAUCGUCUGGGCUGCCGUCAAGCGAAAUGCAUGCGACAAACUGACUCCCCAGGAGAAGCUGGAAUGUCCGAUGUUGCGAUGCCGCAAGCGAUUUCCCAACCACGAACUCAUGCUCCAGCAUCUAUACUCAUGUAGCUGGCUGUCCUCGAGACAUCCUUCUAGGAGAAGAAAGAUAUUGUCCAUGGCAAAGAGCUUCUUCAACUCUCUCGGCCACAAGUCCAAACACCCAACCCUAUCGGAUUUCGAUCUCGACCUCGACCUUGUUGAUCCUGAGGCACCACCCAGCUAUGAUUUAGCCGUGGCCCCGAAUGAGCUUGAACUUCCAUCGAACGAGAUCCACGAGAUAGGCUCCAGUGGCCUAGCUCUGCAUCCUAUCAUAGAGAAUGAGCAUGAGCAUGAGGCAGAACCCGAUUUGGCCCCCAUGCCCACCCCAUUCAUCUCAUCGUUGCCUAUUCCAAGCCGGGCUCUGCCUAAUCACCCCGCAGAGCUCGAAUCAGAUGCAGCUUCUGGAGAGCCCUUCGAUUUCAUAUUCCCGCCAGGCACGGUUCACCCUGUAAGUCUCACAGACACUGGCUGCAACACGGCUUUGGCAAGGCCCACCCUCCAACUACACACGUCAGGUUUGGAAGAUUAUCGACGAGAGCAAAAGAGGCGGAGCAAGGGCCAAGUGGCACCCAGCACCUCAGUUCGGUCGACAGCCAGUACAAACUCAACUUCGAGCACAAACACCACAGACACUACCUUUAGCAAAGAGAGCUUCAACAUCUCCCCCAUCUCAGCAUACUCCGAUCAAUGGGCAAGUGCACCAGUGUUUGACUCGGACUUCCGUUCAUCUGAGAAUGACUUUGGAAACCCAGGAGGCCUCCUCAGGGCAAACUCGUUCGCCAUAUCUCGCAAGGCACCCGCGGCUAAGGACUGGGAGUCGUUGGACAAAAAGGCAGACUCGCCCUAUGACUCCCACUUGCGCGAGUGCCCCACAGACUUCCCAAUGUUGGGUGCCUUGCCUUCUGGCAACACCUUCCACGACCCUCUUGCUCUUGUCCAGCUAGUCUUUACUCUGAAUGACUCUUCACUUCCCACCGACUUCGAUCUCGAGUCGAACCUCACUCUUACCAAUAAUCAUGCAGUCAUGUCACCAUCAAUGGCUUCCACACUACCACAACCAACGGCCAGCUCAUAUCACAAUCCUCGAUCUCUCAUCGACACAAUAUGGCGUACUCUCAAAUUGCAUGUCGCCGAUUCUAUGAGUAAACUCGAUCAUAUUACCAAAAACCCUCUCGUCACACAGCUCAAAAGCUUAUCUGCCGAGACGAUAGCUGCAAAUGGCCUCCAAAUUCUCGUCGAUAUCAUCGAAGGCCGUCAGCCCACUGUCCCCGUAGACAUUCUGUGCUUUGUUCACCUGGGCUAUUGUUUCUCUCUCAUCGCUCACGAACAAGAUGCUACAAAUCGAUCUGCAGAACUCUUCGGCCAGGCCAUGUCGUACAGUGCUUUAUUCUCACGGGAAGAUAUUCGACUGUAUAUACAGGUUGUCAAAGCUCUCUGGAAACCAGCUGCAAUGACUGAUGCUGAUGUUGUCAACAUUGUAAGAGCUAAAACAUCAGUAUCCCGCUCGUCGAGUCUCAAGGGGAAAGAACAUGAAUAUUCAAACAUACACGAUUCUGAUGCCGACUCACUGGCGUUUGCUGCAAAAUACUUCCUGGAUCAAUUGGAGCUCGCUACCUUGAACGUUGUUGAUGACGCUGUUAUCCACACCUCUCAACUAUACAUGGAACAUUUUACCAUGGGCGUUCAUCUCGAUUCACAUCAAGUUGCUGCUGCAAGUCUCAUUCUCAAAGAAAACUUUCAGUUUUACACCCAUUAUGGACAUUUUGCAACAGCCCUGAACCAUCUUAUACAGCGCGUCAAUUCUGAUUUUAUAUCAGCGCGGCGUCUGGAACUUCACUUGAUUGAGAUCGGAAAGAUGUAUCUACCUCCACAUGUCUACUUUGAUGGUUACAUACGCCACGUGAGGAAGCAAAUGAGCACUCUGUAUUUCAAAAAUGCAACCGGGAGGAACCUUCGGUCUGCAUAUUACUGUCAUGGCAUCGAGCUGAUAAAGACGAUAAUGAUCCCACCCUUGCAGCCGAUGAAUGCCCAAUCAAUUCAAGACAACGGACUGCCAGAUAGUGUGAUGGAGUACGCAUUUGAUGAUGAAGAUCUUGGAUUCUUCAACAACUCGACGGCACCAGAAACCUUCGAUUUUAGCGAGAAUCUCCCGUUUGAUGCUGGACAGCCCUUCGACUAUAUGAGCUUGCCGAACAGUGCACUGAACCCUCAACCGCUUCCUACACCCGCAGAUACCAGCUCGGUUCAGGCGACUCCAACAGCAGCCAAUUCGCCACCUACACCAGCAACUGCUGCAUCCUCGGCUUCCACGGCGAAGAUAAAGUCGGAUAUAGGCUGUACGCUAUGCAACUACACCCCCAAGGGCGAUCCUCGAUGGUUUAGUUGCAGCCUCUCCAAGCACAUGAGAUUGCAGCACUCAACAAAGCCUCCAAUAAUCUACCGUUGCCAAUACCCUGGAUGCACAAGCCAGUACAAAAACAGGCCAGACAAUUUGCGGCAGCAUCAGAUCGAGAAGGGUCAUUUUCCAGAUGGUCAAGAUGUCGGGAAGCGGUCGAACAAGAGGAGGAAAGUCGAGUGA